AUGGCAGCCGUCGUCACGCAAGGCCAUGGACGGCCUGCUACCAUCAAGGAGCAGGUUGUCGAUCAUCUUCCAAAACGCUUCAAGGAGAUGAAGUUUGGUAUCCAGUCCAUCCAGGAUGUUGUCAGCCAAGGUGUCUUGGAAGUUGCCCAGCGAAAUCUCUAUAAUAUCGACGACCCUAACAACAGCCGAGCCCCCCUCCCUCAUGGAGCUCUCGAUCCUCGCCUCGGAAUCUCGAGCAAGACUGGAAAAUGCGCCACCUGCAACCUGCCACUCCAGAACUGUAUUGGCCACUUCGGCCAUGUCAGGCUCUCCCUACCGGCUUUCCACAUCGGCUACUUACGCUUUACGAUGACCAUAUUACAGAACAUCUGCAAGGAGUGCGGCAAAGUUCUCCUGACGGAACAAGAGCGACGGGAUUUUUUGAAAGAGCUCAGGCGGCCGGGCAUUGACAACCUGCGACGAACGAUGAUUUGCAAGAAGAUCAAUGAGCAAUGCAGGAAGUGCAAGGAAUGCCCAUACUGUGGUGCCAUCAACGGCCAGAUCCGCAAGCUGGGGGUGAUCAAGCUGGCGCACGACAAAUUUUCUACCUUUAACAAGUCGACAGCAGCAAAGAAGGUGGCUCCCGAAAGCAAGCUUCUCUACGAUGCCUCCUUCAAGGAGGCGAAGAAGACCAAUGCCGACCUUGACAAGCAUGUCAAGAAGGCCAUGGAGGAUCUGAACCCUUUGAGGGUGCUCAAUCUCUUUAAGCUGAUCAGUCCGACGGACUGCGAGCUGCUCGGCAUCGACCCAACCGAGGGACGGCCAGAGAUGUUCAUAUGGCAGUUCAUCCCUGCUCCUCCAAUCUGCAUCCGGCCAUCUGUUCAACAGGACAGCUCCAGCACAGAGGACGACCUCACAGCCAAGCUGGCAGAGAUUGUAUGGUUGAGUGGUCUCAUCCGGGCAGCACUGGACAAGGGCCAACCAAUUUCCUCCAUCAUGGAGCAGUGGGAAUUUCUGCAGCUCCAGAUCGCCAUGUAUGUUAACAGCGACGUCCCGGGAUUAUCACAACCCGGCUACGGAAAGACUGUCAGGGGCUUCUGUCAACGUUUGAAGGGAAAGCAGGGCCGGUUUCGUGGUAACCUGUCCGGGAAACGUGUUGAUUUCUCAGGACGGACCGUCAUCUCCCCGGACCCCAACCUAGGCAUUGACCAGGUUGCGGUACCUCAACUGGUGGCGAAGAACAUGACCUACCCUGAACGAGUCAACUCGACCAACAUCGACGUCAUGAGAACAGCCAUCCGGAACGGUACGAAGGUGUGGCCGGGAGCAAAUGGGAUCGUCAAGAAGGACGGUGGCUAUAAGGUCAAUCUGAAGUUUGGCAACAGGCAAAAGAUCGCCGAGGAUCUUGAGAUUGGCGACGUUGUCGAGCGACAUCUAGUGGACGGCGAUAUUGCACUGUUCAACCGACAGCCAUCACUGCACAAACUCAGUAUCAUGAGCCACUACGUCAAAGUGCGGCCUUGGCGGACUUUUCGCCUCAACGAGUGUGUGUGCACACCAUACAAUGCUGAUUUCGACGGAGACGAAAUGAACCUGCACAUUCCCCAGACUGAGGAGGCUCGAGCAGAGGCCAUCACGUUGAUGGGCGUGAAGAACAACCUGGCGACACCGAAGAACGGCGAGCCCAUUAUUGCAGCAACGCAAGAUUUCAUCACAGCAGCGUAUCUGCUCAGCAGCAAGGACAGAUUCUUCGAUCGCAAGUCCUUCACCUACGCGUGUGAGAUGAUGCUGGAAGGGAGCGGUCAUUUGGAUCUCCCGCCUCCAGCUAUUAUCAAGCCCAAAGCCCUCUGGACCGGCAAGCAACUUUUUAGCAUCCUCAUCCGGCCCAACAAGCAGUCGCCGGUCAAGGUCAACCUGGAUGCCAAGUGCAGAGACUACAAGGCUCGGCCGGGCAUGACGCCCGAUAUGUGCCCCAAUGAUGGCUGGCUGGUCAUCCGGAACUCCGAAGUCAUGUGCGGCGUCAUGGACAAGUCUACUGUUGGUGCAGGCAAGAAGGAUUCCAUCUUUUACAUCAUACUCCGUGACUAUGGUCCAGAGGCGGCAGCCGGAGCAAUGAACCGCCUGGCAAGGCUCUGUGCAAGAGCGUUGACGAACUGUGGCUUCUCGAUCGGAGUGGGCGAUGUUUUUCCGGUGAAAUCUCUGACGGAGGAGAAAGAAGAUCUGGUGAAGGAUGCCUACCAGAAAGUUGACGACCUCAUUGCAACAUUCAAGGCCGGCAAGUUGGAGAAGGCACCUGGCUGCAAUAUGGAGGAGACCUUGGAGAACAUGAUCUCCGGUAUUCUCAGCAAGGUUCGUUCAGACGCUGGAGACAAGUGUGUGAACUCGCUGAGCCGCAACAACGCCCCUCUCACUAUGGCCAAGUCCGGAUCCAAAGGCUCGGCCAUCAACGUGGCUCAGAUGGUUGCUUGCGUCGGACAGCAAAUUAUCGGGGGCCAGCGUGUGGCAGAUGGAUUUCAGGACCGGACUCUACCCCACUUCCACAAGAAUGCUCGUCAACCAGCCUCCAAGGGUUUCGUCCGGAACAGUUUCUAUACCGGUCUGGUGCCCUCGGAAUUCAUCUUUCACGCUAUUUCUGGACGAGAAGGUCUGGUCGACACUGCAGUCAAGACCGCUGAGACCGGCUACAUGUCCAGGCGAUUGAUGAAAUCGUUGGAGGAUCUAUCGACAACCUAUGACGAGACGGUCCGCACGUCAUCAGGCGGCAUUGUGCAGUUCCAGUUCGGUGCCGACAAUUUGGAUCCAGUGGACAUGGAGGCAUCAGGAAAACCCGUGCACUUUGACCGAACCUGGACGCAUGCUGAGACCCUCACUUGGGACAACACCGAACGAACCCUGCUUCCACACGAGAUCAUCGAGGUCUGCCAAUCUAUGCUUGAUUCUGAACGGGCCAAGUAUCAGAGGAAACGAUUGACAGAUGGAAAGAAGCUGGAUUACGACGAUGACAGCAACCUUUCUAUCGAUGAACAUGAGAGCGCUCGACGCUUCUUACUAGAAAUUGAUGCAUACGUCACGGCUCGGGCCAAGAAGCUCUCGAAUGCUCGGAGAGAAGCUGGUUUGGACCCAGACGACGGCAGUGGCAUGGCCAUUGAUCCCACGCUCGAGGACGAGACCAGCUUGGCUCGAACUGAGCGGGUAGCCAAAGUUUCGCGAACCACACUCAUGAAGUUCAUCAGAUUGUGCUUGGACAAAUACAAACAGGCUCACGUCGAGCCGGGCCACGCUGUUGGUGCAGUGGGCGCUCAGUCCAUUGGCGAGCCAGGCACACAGAUGACCCUUAAAACAUUCCAUUUUGCUGGUGUCGCAGGCAUGAGCAUUACCCAGGGUGUUCCCCGUAUCAAGGAAAUCAUCAACGCCUCGAAGACGAUCAGCACUCCUGUCAUCACCUGUCCCUUGGAAAACAAGAAACAGAUUGAAGUCGCCAAGGUCGUCAAGGCGCGAAUUGAGAAGACAUAUGUGUCUGAUGUCAUCAAGCACAUCGAAGACGAGUGGCUUGCUGAUCGUGGCCAGCUCAUCCUAGAGCUAGACAUGGCAGCCCUGCAAGACAUGCAUUUGGGCAUUGGUCCCAGCGAGAUCGCAGAAGCCAUCCUGAAGCACAAGAAAAUGAAGAUUGCGCAAGAGGACGUCCAUGUCGGGCCAACCUAUGUCGAGAUCUGCGUCCGCAACACCUGGCAAGACAUAGCCGAGCAGAAGCGACUUGCGAGAAAUGGCAAGCCCGCUGCUAUGGUCGAGAGCACGUCGGAUCUCUUGUUGCGGGUCAAUUACCUCCGCCGCAUGCUUCCGACUGUAGCCAUCUGCGGAUAUCCUGAGGCUAGCCGAGCUAUCAUCCAGACCUCGGAGAACCUCGAACAUACGGUGCUCGUCGAAGGCUACGGCCUGCGUCAGUGCAUGACAACCGAGGGCGUGAUCGGCGUACAGACACGCACCAACAAUGUCAUGGAGGCCCGGGACAUCUUGGGUAUCGAGGCAGCACGCACGACCAUCGCCAACGAGAUUGGCGAGGUCAUGGGUGACAUGGGCAUCGAUCCACGACAUAUGCAGCUGCUCGCAGACGUCAUGACCUACAAGGGCGACGUACUCGGCAUUACACGAUUCGGCCUGCAGAAGAUGCGCGACUCGGUCCUCCAGCUCGCCUCCUUUGAGAAGACGGCCGAUCACCUGUUCGAGGCGGCGGCAGGCAUGAAGACAGAUCGCAUCGAGGGCGUGUCCGAGUGUAUUAUCAUGGGCCAAACCAUGACCAUCGGCACCGGCUCCUUCAAUGUAGUGAGACGGAUGGGCCUGAUGGAUUACGAUCUGGAGCAAAAGCCAACGCUGUUUGAGGAUGCUUGGAGCAAGAGCGUAAAGAAGAAGAGGGAGGCGCGGGUUGUCAAGCUCGGAAAGGAUGUGUUGAGACCGGUGGCUGCUGCGGCCUAG